CCCUGAACGCAGCAUUAUUAAAAGCACGGCCCUUCUUCCGCCGCGUCAGUUCGAACAUGGCGGCGCCCCAUGCUGUGGUCGGAGUGGAGGCAGGCAACAGAGAAACAGAGCUGCCCGAGUCAGAUCCAGCCACCGGGGAGGCGAAGAGACCUCAGUUCGGGACACGUUUCCUCACAGACCCGCGGCAGGUCUUCCAGCACAACGCAUGGGACAAUGUGGAGUGGACUGAGGAACAGGAAGCGUCUGCUAAGAAGAAAGUCUUAGAAAACAGUCAGCCGCUACCUUCAGAGAAACAAGAGGAGUACGAAGGCCGGGCAAACGAGUACUGGAACGAUUUUUACACAAUCCACGAGAAUCGUUUCUUCAAAGACCGUCACUGGCUCUUCACAGAGUUUCCAGAGCUCGCCCCACAGUGCAGCCUCAACGACGACUCCCAUCCCCAGGUGUCUGGCGCAGACGACAAUCAGCAGGAUAGUCUGGAAAGAGAACAAAGAAUAGACGUUGCAGCACUGUCUCUCACUGAUGAUGACGCCCCUGGCUCCUCUGCUACAUAUCGCAUUCUGGAGGUUGGCUGCGGCGUAGGCAACACAGUUUUUCCAAUACUGAAGACCAACAAUGACCCGGGACUCUUUGUUUACUGCUGUGAUUUCUCCAGCACGGCUGUGGAGUUAGUCAAGACUAAUCCAGAAUACGACCCUGGGCGCUGCCUCGCCUUUGUUCAUGACUUGAGUGAUGUGGAAGCCAAUUAUCCUGUCCCCGAUGGAACCCUUGAUGUUAUAGUGCUAAUCUUUGUCUUGUCAGCGUUGCAUCCCGAUAAGAUGCAGGCAUCCAUCAGGAGAUUAGCGCGGCUGCUGAAGCCCGGGGGAGUGAUGCUGCUUAGGGACUAUGGGCGCUACGAUAUGGCGCAGCUUCGCUUCAAGAAAGGAAGGUGUCUGUCAGAAAACUUUUAUGUCCGAGGCGAUGGAACAAGAGUAUAUUUCUUCACUCAAGAUGAGCUCCAUGAGAUGUUCACCGAGGCCGGGCUCGAGAAAGUGCAGAACCUUGUGGACAGACGGUUACAGGUGAACAGAGGCAAACAGCUCACCAUGUACAGGGUGUGGAUCCAGUGCAAGUACCGCAAAGCUCCAGCUCAGCCACCAGAGACAGAGGGCUGAGGCACAGGAGAGACCCUGACCUUCCACCCCACAGAGACCAGGGGCCAGUGCUGGUUUCUGAGGAUGUAUGGGACUUGAGAAUCCCCACUGUGAUCUGGAUAAAGGGGACGCAAUUGGAUACUUAAAUGCUGUAAAAGCCUUAACACCAAUCAACUCGAGUGACAGUUUCUCAUUUUGUGCCGAUGAGCUCAGUAAUCCGAGAAAAGGGCUGGUUACCCCUGAUGAAGUGUUUCUAUUCUGUCUGAUGCUGUUUUUAAUGAGCAGACGUUUUGAAAGAAACUGCAUGAUUUUUAAGAUAACUUCAUGACACUUUUGUACGUGCAAAUCGAAUAAAAAUCUGAAAUCUACAUCUUUUA